AUGUCUUCCAACUUCUCUGUCAUACCCAUCCUUUCCGAGAUUCAGGAGAUCUGGUGUCACUCUACCUGCUCGGUCGGCCCGCAGCAGGAUACCAACCACUUCAUCUUCGGCUACCAGCCCGAUGGUGGGGCUAUGCAAUAUUCGCCGGUCCUACAUUACGCCAUCAAAAUGCGCGUCAAGAAUAACCGCGAGAUCCCCUACACUCGACGUUAUGGCCACACUUUUCAAGUCGACACCACCCGCGGCGGCCGUUACAGCUUCGCCAUGACCAACAAAGCGCACCACGCCACCGAGGGGUACAUGAGGGGUCUUCUUGACAUGUUCAACGCCUCUGACGUUGCUCACUUUGGCACCUCCGGCGGCCCGACGCAGCCUCAUCCCGCCCUCCAGCUCGGCACCAUCGUUAUCAACAAUGCCGUUCAGUUCAAUCUCGUGGGGAUGGCCACCCAAUCGACCCAGUGGGUCUUCAACACCUACUUCAACAACCAUGAUGCCCCGAUCGCCUACGACCGAGUCUAUCGGGCGGCUGGGCAGCACCAAGAGCAUCAGAGCGUAUACAUCUGUAUUGGAGUGGCCGAUGCAACAGUUCUGGACCUUCGCUACGCUGGCUUCUGCAUACUCAGCACCUUGAUGACUGAUGAGACUACUGAGUACUCGCGUCGUACCGCACGCAGUAGAAGAACUGGAUUCAUCUCGCCGAUAGAUCCGAAGAAAGCCGACCCCUCCCUCCUUUCCAGGCACGAAUCGCGUUUCGCAUUUACUCAUUCCAUCUCCAUCUCCCCCAUCUCCGAUGCUCGACCCCGCAAAGUCAACCCCAGCGCGGGGCAUAUCUCCACCCUGCAGCAAUAUAGACGCGAGCAGAGCCGAUGCUGGAGAAGGCGGCUGAGGGGGUUGCCCAUUGCUAUCUCACCCCCCCCCCCCCCUCCCACCCCGGCUGUCGGUAUCGGCGGCUUCGGUCGUAUCGGCCGAGCUGUCUUCCGCGUCGCCCUCACCCGCCCCGACCUCGAGAUCCGCGCCGUAGACCACACCGCCCACUCAAUCGAUCAUCUCCUCACCGCCAUCCUCUAG